AUGACAUAUUCAACUGGCCAUUGGCCACGCUCUGUAACUGUUGGAGAUUUUAAUAACGACACUCUACUGGAUAUCGUUGUCACCAAUCAGGUCGGUAACACUAUAGGUGUCCUUCUUGGAUAUGGAAAUGGCUCAUUUGCAAAUCAAAAGACAUACUCAACUGGUUCUGUACCAUGGUCUGUAGCUGUUGGUGAUUUUAACAACGACACCCAGCUGGAUAUCGUCGUUGCUAAUUAUGCUGACAGCACCGUAAGUGUCCUUCUCGGAUAUGGCAAUGGCUCUUUUGCAAAUCAAACGAAGUAUUCAGCUGGCUCUGGCGGACUAUCUGUAGCUGUUGGUGAUUUUAAUAGUGACACCCGACUGGAUAUCGUCGUUGCUAAUUUGGGUGACAACACUAUAAGUAUACUUCCCGGAUAUGGCAAUGGCUCUUUUGCAAAUACAACGAAAUAUUCAACUGGGUAUGAACCAUGGCCUGUAGCUGUUGGUGAUUUUAACAACGACACCCAUCUGGAUAUCGUCGUCGCUAAUUAUGGUGACAACACUGUAAGUGUCCUUCUUGGAUAUGGCAAUGGCUCUUUUGCAGAUCAAACAACAUAUUCAACUGGCAUUAGUCCUUCAUCGGUAGCUGUUGGUGAUUUUAAUAGCGACAACCGACUGGAUAUCGUCGUUGCUAAUGCGAAUGACAAUACUGUAAGUGUCCUUCUCGGAUAUGGCAAUGGCUCUUUUGCAAAUCAAACGAAAUAUUCAGCUGGCAUUAGUCCUUCAUCGGUAGCUGUUGGUGAUUUUAAUAGCGACAAUCUACUGGAUAUCGUCGUCACUAAUUGGAGUGGCAACACUAUGAGUGUCUUUCUUGGAUAUGGCAAUGGUUUUUUUGCAAAUCAAAUGAUAUAUUCAACUGGCAUUAGUCCUUUUUCUGUAGAUGUUGGUGAUUUUAAUAAUGACACUCGACUGGAUAUCGUUGUCUCGAAUACCAAUGAGGAAAGGGUUAGUGUACAUCUCGGAUAUCCCAAUGAAGGUUUUCUAAACCAAAUGAGGCUCAUAACUGGGAAUGGAUCUCGGCCUAAGUCAUUCGCCAUUGGGGAUUUUAACAAUGACGGUCAAAUGGAUAUUGCAGUUGCAAAUUCAGGUACUAACAACGUUGGUAUUUUUCUGAGAUAUGACAAUGGUUCUUUCGCAAAUCAAAUGACAUAUCCAACCGAUUCCUCUCCAUGGGCGGUAGCUGUUGGUGAUUUCAACAAUGAUACAAUACUUGACAUUGUCACCGUGAAUCAUGUCAAUGACACUGUUGGUGUAUUUCUUGGUUGUGAUAAAUGUGCUGAACUAAAAUAA